AUGGUUGUGUGUUGUUCCCUUAACGGCACACAUAGGAUCUGUACUAGCUCACAACCCAAUGGGUUAACUGUUGCUGAUGCCAGCAUGCACCCUGUUGAAUCAGUCUCGGAUGUCGUAAAAUUCAUGCAAAUUGGACUAGCAAAACAGGCAAGAGGUCUGACUGCUCUAAAUGAAAGAAGUAUUAGAUCGCACAGAUAUUUCAUCACACGUAGAGUUCUUAUAUCAGUUAAAUGUUUAUGCAGUAUUCUUACAGUUCAUGAAAGACUCCGGGAAGCACAAUAUAUAAGCAAAUCAUCAUCUGCCCUUGGCGAUGUUAUAUUUUCUCUGUCCCAAAAGAACGAUCAUGUACCUUAUGCAGAUAGCCAACUAACUCAAGUACUCCAGAGCUCUCUAGGUGGUCAGGCAAAGACUGUCAUGUUUGUGCAACUCAAUCCUGAUGUUGAUGCAUACUCUGAGACUCUAAGUACCUUAAACUUUGUUGAAAGGUUCUCUGGGGUUGAGGUGGGUUCUGCAGAGAAUUAA